AUGCCAACCCCCACCAUCCAUUCCGAGGUCCAGGCGCGCAUAAACCGGCUCUAUCGCAGAGUCAAUUACCUGCGUCAGGUUUGCCUACCACUACGAGCGAUGCAGAUGCUCGAGAGCAUGCAUCAUCAAGUAGCCUCACACGAGUUCAACAUCAGAAGGCAUAACAACUCCGCACCCCAAGCAUCAGAUAUGAAGGCGAGAUUGAACCAGUUCUUCUCCAGAUCAAUAGCAUCCACGAGACUUGCGAUAGCCUGGGAACCCCGCAGAGAUCAUCCCCCAGAAAAACAUAAUGGUCCUUCGAUAACCAUUGAGGAAUCGAGUUCCAUCACAGCCUUCCUCCAUCCAGUAGGGAAGAGCCCUCCUACUGCUUUUCGCACCAUUGCUCAAGAUACCACUAACCACUUCCGACUUACCUUUGGCUUCUGUAAAGAGACCUUAAGAAGUAUUCGGCACUUCCUUGGAGCACAAGAAGACUCCGCAACGCCUAAAACCACAGCAGAUCUCAAAUUCACCACUGGCACCUGUCAAAGGGUCGUGGUGUCCGCAUAUACCAAUUGCAUCGGAUUCGCAUACUUCAAUCGCCCUGCUCCGAAAGACCCACAUGGGAUUACAGCUGUGUGGGUCGGCCUUAAGAAAGGUGUGGUGCCAACAGACGAAGAUGGGCAGCGAGAGAUGAGGGUCGUCGAAGAAGUACUGGCGAGGUUCCAUAAGCAUGAUAGCAACGCAUCCUCAGGGAACUUGGACCGAUAUUUCCUAAAGGCCAUCAAGUACAUCAUCACCAGAGACACAGAAUUGGCUGCUUUCAUUCACAUAGGCGCAGUGCCGCCUAAGUUUCCUUGGAUGAUAGGCGGCAAGCAUCCUCAGGAUGGCUGGGACCCCAACACUGGACUGCCUCGGGGGGCAUUCGCUUUUACUAAUCCCAAAGCGAAGCAGGCUAUCCUCGCAAAGUCUUUGGAGAUUCGCAGAGGAAAGGGGAUAUAUGCAACAAACAAAUUGUUAAAUGCCACUACUGACUCUUUCACUCGCUUGUUUUCUCCUAUCUGGGCAGAGUUCAUAGCAGGUGUGGAUAGCAAGGACCCCGACGCCCAACGCGAGAAGGGAAUGGUCUACCGCGGCCUCGAGGAGUUCCACAAGCAAGACAGUCUGGAUGGUUUCCAAGAGGUUCUGCUAGAACCUUCCCAGGCCUAUAUUGAUCGCACUCGUCUUCAGUGGCCUCAGUUAUGCAAAGCCGCAGACCAUUUCAACACCUCAAGAGUUUUUUUCGAGAACAUGUUAAAUAUUGUUUCUUUUCAUUUUCUGUCGAUGUGCCAGCUGCUGACUUCGGCGUGCCCUACAGGUAACUAUGGUGCUGCGACUGAUCAGAAUAGUAGCAAGCGACCUGGGAUCGAGGACUCGGAAGAAGACUUGUGA